AUGAAACUGCUGAUAGUAGUUAGCAUUAUGGUUGGUUUGUGGAGGACUAUAUGGACGAACAGGCAUUGUCCAGACCUUAUUAUUGACAGCUGUCACUGCACUUCCGAGCGCUCCAAGGAACUGAGUCGGCAAAACGUCCGUGUUAAAGUCAUUUGUGACGAUGCGGAUUUGAUGGACACCCUCCAAACCAGUUUUCUGCCGAACUCAACAGUUUCACUGAUCCUCAGUAAUAAUAAGAUCUCCGUUGUGAGAAAUGCCUCCUUCUCUGGUUUGUCCGCCCUCGAGAGACUGGACUUGAGGAGUAAUUUGAUUAGCACAGUGGAGCCUGGGGCAUUCCGUGGACUGGUAGCACUGAAGAGACUAGACCUCUCCAAUAACAGAAUGGGAUGCCUGGUUCCUGACAUUUUUCUUGACCUUGGCAAUCUCUCCAAGCUAAAUCUAUCUGGGAAUAUCUUCACCACUCUGCCAGAGGGUCUAUUUGUGCAUUUGAUAUCUCUCCGUGUCUUACACUUUGGUACAGAUUCUCUGCUGUGUGACUGUCAGCUGGAGUGGCUUUGGCUGUGGAGCAGAGAUAAAUCUGUCCGUAUAGGAAAUGACACAGUGUGUGUAUACCCUACACACCUUCACAGUCUGGAAUUCCGAAACCUCCGAAAACACCAGCUCACUUGCGACGGGCCUCUUGAGCUGCCUUUGUUCCAGCUCAUCCCGUCCCAGAGACAGGUGGUGUUUCGCGGGGACCGGCUGCCGCUGCAGUGUACCGUCUCCUACCUGGACCCCUCUGUCAGCCUGAGCUGGAGCCAUGAGGAACGAGCUGUCCACACACAGGAGGAGAGAGGAGUGAUCGUGGAGGACAGCAUCAUUCAUGACUGCUGCCUGGUUACCAGUGAACUCAUCUUAUCCAACAUCGACGUUGACUUUUCUGGCAACUGGCAGUGUCAUGUGACGAGUUCCCGUGGUAAUAGCUCUCGGCGAAUGGAGAUUGUGGUUCUGGAAACUUCUGCACCUUACUGUUCAGCAGAGAGGGUCAGUGGGAACAAGGGCCAGUACAGAUGGCCAAAGACCUUGGGUGGGAUUUUGGCUUUUCUACCGUGUGCCGCACCCACUUAUAGCUCCACCCCACACAUCCAUGGCCAUGCGUCGCACACCCCCACCUUGAAGGAGAAGAAGGCGUGGCGGAGGUGUGACCGGACUGGCCAUUGGGCGGAAGAUGACUAUACACAAUGUCCAUAUGCUAACGAAGUCACACGUAUCCUGCACGAAUUCACGCAGAUUCCUGUGAACGCCUCAAACGGCCUGACUCUGGCCCAGCAGCUCUCGGCCUUCACCAGGGCAGCACACCUGGGCGACGUGAUGGACGUAAUCUUCAUCACGCACCUGGUGGAGAGGAUCACCCGGCUGGUUGACCGCGUCAGAGAUCUCUGCGACUACGUGUCAGACAUUGCCAGUAACGUGAUGCAAGUGGAGGAACAUAUUUUGUGGAUGGCCCAGAAUGAAGCACGGGCAUGCACACGCCUCGUUCAGUGUGUGGAACGUAUUGCUGGCCUCACCCUUAGUGAACACACACAAGUUAUCUCAAAGGUCUCUCCUAACAUUGCCUUGGAGGCAUUUGUGAUGAGGCCAGUCGGUGUGGCUGGUCUGUUGUGUACUGCAGUAGAGAGGUCCCCUGUAAUGUCCCCUGUUAGCGAGGCUUUACAGGGUAGGAGCGGAGGGGCUGCAGGCAUGUCAAGGGCCCAUGGGAACACUCUACUGAAUUUCAAAUGUCACACUGCCAAUACUACUGGCUCCCCUGCGAAUCACCUGAUCCAGAACACAGCGGCUGUCGCCGCAAUCCAUUUACCGCUGGCUGGUUCCCCUAGCAGCCCUGCGUUACAAUCUGUUGCUAACUCGACUUGCAAGCUGCAGUUUAUUGUCUUUCGAAAUGGGAAACUAUUUCCUUGCACAGGGAAUUCGUCAAAUCUCGCAGACGAUGGCAAGCGCAGGACUGUAUCAACACCAGUUGCUUUCACUAAAUUAGAUGGCUGCAGCUUCGGGAGUGCCGUUCAGCCUGUUACCAUUGCUCUACGACACUUUGCUCUGGGUGUAGACCCCACUGUUGCAUAUUGGGACUUUGACCUGCUAGAUGGACGUGGUGGCUGGAGGGCAGAGGGGUGCCACAUAACUGCCUCCUCGAGCAACACGACCACUAUUCACUGCACGCAUCACAACAACUUCGCGGUGCUAAUGGAUCUGAAGAAGGUGCUGUCAUUCCCUCCAUAUCCGGGGGAGUUUCUGCACCCAGUCGUGUAUGCCUGUACGGCAGUGAUGUUGCUCUGUCUUUUUGCCUCCAUCAUCACCUACAUUGUGCACCACAGUACCAUUCGGAUUAGUCGCAAAGGAUGGCACAUGCUCUUGAACUUCUGUUUCCACACGGCGCUGACGUUUGCCGUGUUCGCCGGAGGCAUCAACCGAAUCAACUAUCCCUUCAUCUGCCAAGCCGUUGGUGUUGUGCUACAUUACUCCUCUUUGUCCACAAUGCUGUGGCUUGGAGUCACGGCACGGAACAUCUACAAACAGGUGACCAAAAAACCCCAGCAAGCUCAGGAUGGAGACCCACCCCCCCACUCACCCAGACAGCCCAUGCUCAGAUUUUAUUUAGUCAGUGGAGGAGUGCCCUUCAUCAUCUGUGGAAUCACAGCAGCCACCAACAUAGAGAACUAUGGGAGCAGAGAAAAUACACCUUAUUGCUGGAUGGCAUGGGAGCCCAGCUUGGGAGCCUUCUAUGGACCUGUGGCGUUAAUCGUCAUAGUAACCUGUGUCUACUUCCUGUGCACCUUCAUCCAGUUGCGAAAGCACCCGGAGAGGAAGUAUGAGCUUAAGGCAUUAACGGAGGAGCAGCAGAGAUUAGCAUCCACGGACGUAGCUCACUGCCACCAGGGGGAGCCGGGGGCCACGUCCGACGUGGGACACUGUCACGGGGGCUGCCCAGGCCUCAUCAACCCUUCUCUGCUGGCCAAUGAACACUCCUUAAAAGCCCAGCUGAGGACAGCUGCCUUCACACUCUUCCUCUUCAUCGCCACAUGGACCUUUGGGGCACUGGCUGUAUCGCAAGGCCAUUUCUUGGACAUGAUUUUCAGUUGUUUGUAUGGAGCGUUUUCUGUCACUCUGGGCCUGUUUGUGUUGAUUCAUCACUGUGCCAAGAGAGACGACGUCUGGCACUGCUGGUGUUCCUGUUGUCCUGGUCGCCGUGCCAACGCCUGCUCUGCCCAGGCCCAUGCCCGGCCUAAGGUCAAUGUGAACGGAGAUACUCCUGGGCAUGGGCAUACCCACUGUCACUUAGACUCUUCGUGCCCGGGGAAAGCUUUGCUGGGGCAUUCCCACGGUCCUACAGGCCACUGUAAGCUGAGCAACUUGCAGGUGGCUCAAAAUCACGUCACCUGUUUGUCUCCCGUAGCACCGUGUUGCUCUGCUUUACACAGUCAACAGCUUCUGGAGGACGACACGCCGCCGGCCCACGUACUGCUCCACGCCGACCCGGAGGGGUAUCGGCCGGCCGUUCACCUCCACCGCUGCCUCAAGGGCGGCAGGACUAAAUCGCGGCACUUCGGCCGACAUCGGGGCCCUUCGGGCGGAGAACGGGAGUUCACCUACCACCUCCCCUCCAGCGUGGACGGAGGGAGCGUACACAGCUCUCGCACAAACAGCCCGCUAAGCGUUCACGAACGGCAAGGGCACAUCUGCCACCUGGCGCACGAGGGGCACCACUCCUGUUGCCACGAGCCCCCGGGCUCCUGCCACGUGCUCUGUCAUCGGCACGUGUGCUGCGCCAAGGCCGACCUCUUCCCCACCGUCUGCCAGCCAGAGACGGGCGAGGCUGGCACUUUCCUUUGUGGAUGUGGGAAGUUGGCAGAGGAUGAGUUGGUGGGGCCAACGCACCGUAGCCACUUGGAGAUGCACCCGCGUAGACAGUCUUACCCUCAGAAUCCACCCAAUCAGAAUGGGAUUCUGAAGAGCGGCCUUCACGAGGGUCCUCUCUAUCCCUCAGACAGCACGGGGAAUAUACGCACUGGACCCUGGAGAAACGAAACUACCGUGUAGUUUAAGGGCUCCCACUCUCUCGACCC